AUGGAGCCGUUUGCCGACGAUUUACUAUGGCUGGUAGUAAGCGGAUUUGUAGUUGCGUUUGUCCUGGCGUUUGGUAUUGGCGCGAACGAUGUGGCGAACUCAUUUGGUACCAGUGUCGGCUCAAAGGUGCUCACACUCACACAAGCUUGUAUACUUGCCACGAUAUUUGAGAUUGCUGGUGCAGUACUCAUAGGUUAUAAGGUGUCAGAUACGAUGCGUAAAGGCAUCUUGGAUGUGUCGCUGUACGCAGACGGCGGAGAGAAACUCCUGGCUGCCGGGUGUUUGUCAGCAUUACUGUCGGGUGCAAUUUGGCUAAUCUUGGCCACAGCAUUGCGACUACCUGUAUCAGGAACUCAUUCUAUGGUGGGAGCUACGGUCGGAUUUACACUGACAGCCAAAGGUCCUGUCGGGGUGCGCUGGUCGACACUUGGAACUAUCGGUCAUUUAAAGAAUAAUCAAGUGAUUUUAACUUUGACAGUGUCAUCGUGGUUCAUAUCCCCAGCAUUAAGCGGUACAGCGUCAGCUCUCCUGUUUUGGUUGGUACGUCGGUUCAUUCUACGGGCACCUCAACCAGUGAAUGCCGGUCUUACCGCGUUACCUUUCUUUUAUGGAGCCACGAUCGCUGUUAACGUGUUGAGCGUGGUACAUGAUGGCCCCAAGUUGUUGGGAAUGGACAAGAUUCCUCUUUGGUUAGCGUUGGUAUCCUCCAUGGCAUUCGGUGCCUUCGUGGCGCUUUGCGUACGGGGAUUCCUUGUGCCGUACUACCGCCGUCACUUGACCGCACCGCCUGUAAAUUUUUCCCUUGGACUAUCAAAUGAUACAACGCCUGCAAAUACACCCACACAUUCUAACAAGAGCAGCGUGCCGCAGCGUCCGACUUCUCUUUUAUCCGAAGAUGGGAAAGUUCUGGAAGCUAUAGAGGAAUGUGCCGAGAUGGUUACUCUGAGUGAUGCUGAUAAAAUCUCAAACGGUGUGAAGGAAAUGAAUGCAAGGAAUCGAGCUUUACUCGCCACUAUGGACGACUGCAGUAUCUUGUCCAGAAGCCUGAGUCCACCUAAUAAAUCACGGUUACAGCUGAUAGAUGCCGAUCCCCAGAUAAACACCUUGAAAUAUAUAGACGAAACAUUGAGUUGUUGCAAGAGUUUGGACUCGACCCAAAUGGCCGGUAUGGGAGAGAGCUAUGAUUCCAAGAAUGGAUUUUUGGGUGAUUCUUGUGACACAAUAGCGCGGUGCGAGUUCGACAGGUUGGCUGCGGCAAGGGCAGUGACUUAUUGCGUCGAGUUUGAAACUCCACCGCCCCGUAUCGAUAAGGCUCCUGAAAUAGGUAGCGCUUGGAGCAUUGAACGUUGCGGCGGUAGUGACUCACUAAGUAACGUGCGUACAACCGCCAUAACGCCUAACUCUAGUGCAGCACCACUCUUGCGAACCGUAACACCGCCACCUGCACCUCCACAACCUCCUCCGCCUGAUGCUCUACGAUUAUUCUCUUUUCUGCAAGUUCUCACUGCCACAUUUGGAGCCUUUGCUCAUGGUGGCAAUGAUGUCAGCAACGCAAUAGGACCUUUAGUGGCUCUUUGGCUCCUCUACUCUGAAGGUGGUGCUCAGUCCCGAGCGGAAACACCUCUCUUUAUCCUGGUGUUCGGUGGCGUGGGUAUAGCGCUUGGCCUCUGGCUCUGGGGCCGACGCGUCAUUCAGACCGUCGGAGAAGAUCUCACGAGCAUUACACCCGAUACGGGUUUCACGAUUGAACUGGGUGCUGCAUUGACUGUCUUGGUGGCAAGCAAGGCGGGCCUGCCAGUCUCCACAACGCACUGCAAGGUUGGCUCCGUCGUUUGCAUUGGAUAUUUCUCCGAGAAGGCUGUUGAUUGGAGUUUGUUUCGGAACAUAAUAUUUGCUUGGGUGGUGACAGUACCGGUGGUGGCAGCCAUUGCUGCAGUAGCUAUGUUAGCGCUGGAAGCAUUCGUCGUAUAA